AUGCAGCUCUCGGACGCGAGACCCUGGGCCCUCCUGCUGCUGGCGGACUCGGCUUUCCUUUGGCUGCUGCGACGGACGCCGGCCGCUCUGCUUCCUGGGGGCCUGGGGGGCCUGUGGCUGGAGGGAGCCCUGAGACUCGCGGGCCUGUGGGGGCUGCUCAGGCUGCGAGGGCCGCUGGGGCUAUCGGGGUCAUUGCCGCCCCUACUCUGCCUGCAGACGCCCCUAUUCGUGUCCCUGCGGACUCUGGUCGGGGGGUCCCUGGGCGCGCCCCCUCUCAGGGUGGCCGAGGCCUCUUGGCCCUGGCUGCUUCUGGGGUACGGGGCUGCGGGGCUGGGCUGGGCCGUGUGGGCCGUGCUGAGCCCUCCAGGAGCCCCCAAAGAACAAGAGCUGGGCCAGGAGAAGAACAACAGAGACCUGAUGUGGAGGCUGCUGAAGCUCUCCAGGCCCGACCUGCCCUUCCUCCUGGCCGCCCUCCUCUUCCUUGUUUUGGCUGUACUGGGGGAGACACUGAUCCCUCACUAUACUGGGCGUGUGAUUGACAUCCUGGGAGGAGAUUUUGACCCCGAGGCCUUCGCCAGCGCCAUCUUUUUCAUGUCACUCUUCUCCGUUGGGAGCUCUGUGUUUGCUGGCUGCAGAGGAAGUUUCUUUCUUAUGGUUAUGUCCAGAGUCAACUUGAGGGUCCGGGAGCAGCUUUUCUCCUCCCUUCUGCACCAGGAUCUCGGUUUCUUCCAGGACACUAAGACAGGGGAGCUGAAUUCUAGGCUGAACUCAGACACCUCUCUCAUGAGCCGAUGGCUCCCUUUGAAUGCCAAUGUGCUCUUGCGUAGCCUGGUGAAAGUGGUGGGACUGUACAGCUUCAUGCUCAGCCUGUCACCACGACUCACACUCCUCUCCAUGUUGGAAGUACCACUCAUGAUAGCCGCUGAGAAGGUCUACAAUGUCCGCCGUCAGGCGUUGCUUCAGAAGAUCCAGGAUGCAGUGGCCAAGGCUGGGCAGGUGGUGCGGGAGGCAGUCGGCGGGCUGCCGACGGUGCGCAGUUUUGGGGCAGAAGAGCUGGAAGUGUGUCGCUACCGGGAGGCUCUGGAACGAUGCCGGCAGCUGUGGUGGCAGAGAGACUGGGAACGGGCCCUCUACCUGCUCUUGCGGAGGGUGUUACAGCUGGGGGUGCACGUGCUGAUGCUGAACUGUGGGCUGAGGCAAAUUUUGGCAGGGGACCUCACCCAAGGCGGGCUGCUCUCCUUCCUCCUCUACCAGGAGGGUGUGGGUCAAUAUGUGCAUACCCUGGUAUACAUGUGUGGGGACAUGCUGAGCAAUGUAGGGGCUGCUGAGAAGGUGUUUCAAUACCUGGACAGACAACCAAAGCUGCCUCCUCCUGGCACACUGGCCCCUUCCUCUCUGCAGGGCCGGGUUCAAUUCCAAGAUGUCUCCUUUGCUUAUCCCAGUCGCCCUGACCAGCCUGUGCUCAAGGGGCUGACGUUCACCCUACAUCCUGGCCAGGUGACGGCACUGGUGGGGCCCAAUGGGUCCGGGAAGAGCACAGUGGCUGCACUGCUGCAGAAUCUGUACCAGCCCACGGCCGGCCAGCUGUUGUUGGACGGGGAACCCCUUUCCCAAUAUGAGCACCGUUACCUGCACAAACAGGUGACUGUGGUCGGGCAGGAGCCUGUGCUCUUCUCUGGCUCUGUGAGGGACAACAUCACCUAUGGGCUGAAAUGCUGCAGUGAUAAAGAGGUCAUGACUGCUGCCAAGGCUGCCAAAGCUGACGAGUUCAUUGAAGAGAUGGAGCAUGGACUGAACACAGAUGUAGGGGAGAAAGGGAGCCAGUUGGCUGCGGGACAGAAACAACGUCUAGCCAUUGCACGGGCCCUUGUUCGGGACCCACGAGUUCUCAUCCUAGAUGAAGCCACCAGUGCCCUGGACGUCCAGUGUGAACAGGCUCUGCAGGACUGGAUGUCCAGUGGGGACCGGACGGUGCUGGUGAUUGCACACCGGCUGAAGACCAUCCAGAGUGCUGACCAGGUCCUCGUGCUGAAGCAGGGAGAGCUGCAGGAACAGACACAGCUCCUGGAGGGCGACGACCUCUACUCUCGCCUGGUGCAGCAGCUACAGACCUGAG